AGUUUUUUUUUUUUUUUGGAUAAAUUUUGGGUUCCAAUAACUGUCUUAAACUUAAAGUGUCAUGACUAUGGCAUCAACAAACAAAGGGGCCCAUGAGGAGCAAGACCGCCUAAAAUCACUUUUCUACACCUAUGAUGUGGACAACUCAGGACGGAUUGAAAAAAAUGAAUUUUCUGCCAUCUGCCAAGAGCUCCAUGUCCCUUCUGAGGAGGCAGAGGGCAUAUUCAGCUGCCUGGAUGCUGACGGUGAUGGCACAGUUACCUUGGAGGAGUUUCUCAGCGGAUUCAACGACAAACAUCAGAAGGAUAAAACAGAAGAAGACAAAAUUUCCUUAGCAGUGGAAGAAUCCCUACUUAACAAAGAACAGGUUAUGAUCAGCCAGCUACAGCCUUCCGCCAAGGAUAUGAGUGCGGAGGAGAGGGACCGACUGUGCGCCCUCUUUCACGCGUACGACGUCGACAACUCCGGACGCAUCGAGAGGAACGAGUUCCUUACGAUCUGCGCCGAGCUGCAGGUGUCCGCGGCUGAGGCGGACAGGAUAUUCCAGCGGCUGGACGUGGACCAAGACGGGACCGUCACCCUGCAGGAGUUCAUCCACGGCUUCCAUGACCGCUACGGAGAGGAAACGGAGUCCGACGGAGGACCAGUGUCCAUCGCCUGGGAGACAUUCGAGAAGAGGCUGGGCGAACAGGCCAAGUUUAUCCCGAGACACGAACAGGCAGCGACGUUAUACCAGAACAUCAGCCUGACUGAGCCCAGACUGAUUCCUCAGUUUGAGAAAGUCAUCAUUAACUUUACUAAAGAGAUCAAGCAGCAGAACUCAGAGAUGGAGAACCUGGCUCUUGCCAUAAAGAGAGCACAGGACCAAGCAUCAAUGCAGCUCAGUGAGAUGGAGGAAGAGAUGGACCAACGAAUUCAGGCUGCAGAGAGAAAAACACAUGAGCAGGAGAAGAAGCGAACUGAGGCUGCGCUGAAUGAGUUGCGAAGGAGUUACGACAUUGAAGUGUGUGAGCUUCAGUGUAAAAUCCAGAGGAUGCAGAUGAUAGAGGAGAAGUACAAGAACAUCACCGUGAAAGAUGAGAGCCCAGCUCUGAAGAAGAAGAUCAAUGAGCUAACAAUGGAAAACCAAAGGUUAAAACAGGAGCUGCUGAAGUCUCAGACCAAAGUUGCCUGUUUGCAGAGUGAGAUGGAUGGAUUAAAGACAGAGCUGACUGAUCAAAACAUGAGCUCUGAACGAGACGAGGAGCUCAUGAUACACUUCUCAGACGAGCGAGACAUCCUGGAGAGUCAAGUUGAGAUUCUUCAGACCGCCAACAGGAAGCUCCACGACAGUAAUGAUGGUCUAAGAGCGGCUCUGGAGAAGAUCACAAGGUCUGGUAAUGGAUCCCAAGCAGACAUCAAGAACAGAAUCAGGAGUAAAAGCAUUUGUUACCCAUCACCACAUGCAUUAUUAGACAGGCUUGACCAGCGUUUGGAUGAUUUUCCUCUGUACACCCGUCGACCCAGCUGUGACACUCUGGCCUUGGCCAUCUGUGAUCCUGGUCUGAGGCGCAGACACAGCAGCGAGUGUGAGGAGGACAGCCUACCUGAGAUCUACGUGGACAGCGGCAUGUCUACGCUUAGAGGCUCACACGGCGGCUACGACUGGGAGCAGGAAGUCAAGGGUCAAGACGGUGAAGAGGAAGAGGAGGGGGAGGAGAAGAAGGAUGUUCAUGACAAUAACGACAGCAUCCUGGGAGAAGACUCUGACACAGAGCCAGCAGAAACCCAGGAUGCAGAGUCAGCGAUCGGGUCGGACUGCAGCUCAGUUUUGGAUUGGAAGCCAAAUGACUCCUUCGGUGUGAUUACACCCCCUGCACCGACAUUGAAGAAAACUAUCAGCGCCAUCAGUGUUCAGAAUGAGGACAAAGAAAACCCUGACCUCGGCUACAUGACUUCAGAGAAGGCCUACAGGAUCGUGUUAGCUGGAGACGCUGCCGUGGGAAAAUCCAGCUUCCUGCUUCGCCUCUGCAAGAACGAAUUCAAACUAAACUCCAGCACUACUCUGGGAGUGGACUUCCAGAUGAAGACACUCAUUGUGGAUGGCGAGCCAGUUUUAUUACAACUAUGGGACACCGCAGGACAGGAGAGGUUUCGCAGUAUUGCUAAGUCUUAUUUCAGACGUGCAGAUGGUGUGUUGCUGUUGUACGAUGUCAACUGUGAGAAAAGCUUCCUGAAUAUCAGAGAAUGGGUGGACAUGAUUGAGGACGUGUCCCGUGAUGAUAUUCCCAUCAUGCUCGUGGGUAACAAGUGUGAUCUUCGCCAAGAUAGGGAUAACUGUGUUUCUACCACCCUUGGACAAAAACUCGCCAUGACAUACAACACUCUGUUCUGUGAAACCAGUGCCAAAGACGGCUCCAACAUCCUGGAGGCUGUGCUGCACCUGGCCAGGUUGGUCAAAAAGCAGGCCACCUUUGAGGAGAAAAGGUAUCCAUCACUGCCCAGCUUAAAUGCUCCCAAGAAUAAACCAAAGCUCUCCUGCUGCACCUGAUCAGAUUCACCACCGCUGAACCUCCCCAUCUGCCUUAAUGUGUAGAAUGCAAGGAGCAUCAAUGCAGAAAUCCAACAACACAACCAAUAAUUACCAUUAAAAAAAACUAGAACUGUUUUAUUUAUGAACAAAGUUACAGAAACAAGAGCCAUAAGAUUCAGUCGCUGACAAUCAGAACGUUUGAGUCAUUGCAAACUUUUUACUCUGUGAUAUUUUCAUUGGUUUUGGGGCCAUUACACAUACUUUACUAGAUUCUUCCUGAAUUGUUUGAUGUCAUUCAAACUUUUUUUUCCCAGAGAUGAACUGAAGUGAAUCCUUAUACUAAAACUGGGAAAGUAAGGAGGAGUUGAAAAGUAAAGGAAGGGGAUGUUAACAUAAUAAAAUGAUGUGCAAAUAAUGUGAGAGGUACAAUUAAUGUAUAUAGGAGCUCUACAGCUUUAAAUGCUAAGUAAAAACAAUAUUUGUGGCAUAUUUUUUGGUGGUAAAAGAUGCAAAGAGUGUUGAUGGUAAAUAUAGAGACAGAAUUAUUAGGGCAAAUUUAAGCAGUAAAUGCUCCGCUUCUUUGCUCAUGUACGAUGGUUUCAGGUGCAAUGUCCCAGUUCAUUAACUAAAUAAUACCAAACAGUGUUACAUUUUUGUUGUCAUAAAGUUUUUGCUUGUCCAUUUCAGCUCUAUAAAUGCUAUUAAGCUAGGAUUGUUGUAAGUAAAGAAUCAAUAAUAUGAAAGAAUAGGACAGUGCACAGAAUGGUAAUUUUAAGAAGCAAUGCACAAUUAUUAAUGUCAAAAAGAAAUGAAUGCAUACUUUCCUAUUUCUAUGAGAGAAGACAACAAUGAUGUCAAUUAUUUUAAAUAAAAUGCUUCUGAAAUACUUCAAAUUCCAA